AUGGAUGAAAACAAUCCUCCUCGCAAGAAUCGCUGGAGGCAGCUGAAGCCAAGUCAAUCAGACCCUCAUUUGCCGUCCUCUCUCUCGCCUUCGAGGAAUGGAUCUCAUGCACGACGCCCAGGCCCAGUUUGCAAGCUCUUUGGCAAGGUGACCAAGCGCUUCGCUCGAAGCGCUCGACAAUUUCCAAACCCUGAACCUACGACUGCAAGUUCCAGCCUGCAGGACACCCAACCUGUUCAGUCAACUAAAGAUCUCACCCCUCCCACUCUCGAACCAGAUUGCGAGCAGUCUUCCCAUUCAGGGAUCGUAGAAGGAAGUUCGACUAACGACGCCAAACAUCUCGACCCGAAAUUUGCGAACGAAAGAAUCGCCAAUGCUAACAAAGGUCUCGCAGGCACCAGCCGUGUCCCAACAAUAGUCCAAGAUGCUUCUUCUGCUACCAACAACCUACCAUCUGUUUCUGAUGCAAUCAAUACGUUCUCCGGGUUCCUUGAACCAUUGAAGGCAUUCAACUCCGUCGCCAACGCGAUUGCAGAUGUCCAUCCCUACGCGAAGGUGGCGCUGAGCAUCUUCACUUGCGCAUCCAAGAUGAUUCUCGAUCAGGCAGACCGUGAUGUCGCUGUCUCUCUUCUCCUCUCAAAGAUAUCUGAAGUCUAUACUUUUAUCACGGAGGAGGAGGAACUGGCUAAGAUUAAGUCUAUGCUAGCGAUAUAUGGGAAGAUAGCGCAGCAGACACUGGAGUGCGCUGAUUUCAUCAGCCAUUACUCUGAGACGAAAAGCGCCUGGAUAAGACUUGGCAAGCACAUUUUCGAUGAAACGGAUACCACCAUCAAGAACUACAACGAUGUCCUUGAUAGUCUCAUGCAGCAAUUCCGAGACCGGGCGGCUCGUGAUACCCUUGUGAUCGUCCACCAUAUGGCUGAGAGUUUGGACCUCGCAGGCAUGGAGUACGCAACGGGCGCAGGAUUAAAUACGUCUAAAUGUUGUUUGCCAAAUACUCGGCAAGACCUUCUGAAGGACAUUCAGAACUGGAUCAGCAGCACCGAGGAGGGCGCACCACGGAUCUUGUGGUUGUCUGGCACAGCAGGCAAGGGUAAAUCUGCUGUUGCCCAUACAAUAGCCAGGUGGUACAUCGAACACGGUGGUCUCGGGUCAUGCUUCUGCUUCGACCGUACUCGGCAAGCGGAUCGCCGUCAAGACAAAAUAUUCACGACGAUCGCAAGCGAAUUGGCGGACUGCAACCCCAUCGUGCGGCGAGCGUUGGCGCAGGCAGUUCGUGAUCACAACGGACUCAAGCGGACUCCAGAUAUCGCAAAACAAUGGCAGGAACUAAUCAUCGGUCCUACAAGCAUAGCCUCAAAAGCGAUCGCUGCACCCGUCCUGAUUGUCAUCGAGGCAUUGGAUGAGAGCGGUGAAGCUAAUUCCCGGGAACAGAUUCUUCGUCUACUCGCUGGCAAAUUGAACACUUCCACUUCACAACUAUCCGAACUCCAACCAACUUCCGCAUCCUUCUCACUUCCCGUCCCCUCGAAGACAUUCACAACACUCUGCACGCUGCGCCACAUGUUCGCCAUAUCUCCCUGGAUGACAUCUCGUCUGAGUCCACAGAACGCGACAUCGAACUUUAUGUCUCCCACAGGCUAG